AUUUCCAGUCUGUCAAAAUACAAAUGGCUGUCUACCCUACAAGAAGGCACUACUCUUGAAUAUUACAUAACAACACCUGCGCCCUAUGUAGUGCUCUAUUUAAUAACCUUGUGCUUUUUUGGUCCUGUCUGCUUUCCGUUUUAAUUCCUUUAAGAUGGCGCAUGUGUUUUGGAUUUAACUCUAGCAGGAGGCAGUCGGUUCAUGGCUGUCAGUGCGCUUCGUCUAAUACGAUCUCAGGUUUCCAUCUCCAGGUCGGUGAUGUUGAGGUUUUCUUCAGUGGACAGCAUGGGCACAGCGAUCGCGGCGAGUCGUUCCCCGCUCGAGGGUCUGGACUUCGAUAAUGUGGUGCUAAGGAAGCUGCCUGUGGAGGAGUCGGAGGCCCCGGGAGUGAGGACAGUCCGCGGCGCAUGUUUCUCCAGAGUGAAGCCGCAGCCGCUGCAAAAACCCCGCUUCGUGGCCGUGUCCGGUCCCGCCUUGGCACUGCUUGGACUCAGCGCGGACGAGGUGAUAAAUGACCCCAUGGCAGCUGAGUACCUAAGCGGCUCCAGGGUGAUACCAGGCUCCGAGCCCGCAGCCCACUGCUACUGCGGACACCAGUUCGGUAACUUCGCGGGGCAGCUGGGCGACGGAGCGGCGUGCUAUCUGGGUGAAGUGAAAGCUCCAGCUGAUCAGAGUCCUGACCUGCUAAAGGAAAACCCCAGCAAGCGCUGGGAGAUCCAGCUGAAGGGCUCUGGACUCACUCCUUAUUCCAGGCAAGCAGAUGGACGUAAAGUCUUGCGCUCCAGCAUCCGUGAGUUCUUGUGCAGCGAAGCUGUAUUUGCCCUUGGGAUUCCUACCACCCGUGCUGGCUCUGUUGUGACCUCGGACUCGCAGGUCAUGAGAGAUGUGUUUUAUGAUGGCAACCCACGCAUGGAGAGAUGCUCAGUGGUGUUACGCAUUGCUCCUACCUUCAUCAGGUUUGGUUCAUUUGAGAUUUUCAAACAGGAAGAUGAAUUUACAGGCCGGCAAGGCCCCAGCUAUGGAUAUAACGAGAUACGAACUCAGAUGCUGGAUUAUGUCAUUGAAACAUUCUACCCAGAAAUCCAUCAGAGCCACUUGGACCCAGUGGAGAGAAACACCACCUUCUUUAGAGAGGUGAUGCUAAGAACAGCCAAACUUGUGGCUCAAUGGCAGUGUGUGGGAUUUUGUCAUGGAGUCCUCAAUACUGAUAAUAUGAGCAUUCUGGGGCUUACACUGGACUAUGGACCAUUUGGCUUCAUGGACCGCUUUGACCCAGAGUUCAUCUGCAAUGCCUCUGAUAAUUCUGGACGUUACUCAUAUCAGGCCCAGCCAGAAAUCUGUCGUUGGAACCUGGCUCGGCUAGCAGAAGCUUUAAACCCAAAUCUGCCCCCAGACCGGGCUCAGGCUGUGCUGGAGGAGUACACUCCUCUUUUCAACACAUUCUACUUGAGCAAUAUGAGAAGGAAACUGGGCUUGCUGAGGAAAGAGGAACCAGAGGAUGAGAUUCUCAUCACAAGCCUAAUGCAGACAAUGCACAACACGGGAGCCGACUUUACCAGCACGUUUCGCUGUUUGAGUCAGAUCUCAUGUCCUGCAGAAGGAGAGGCAGUGGAGGAUAGUGAAGUUGUCAAACGGGCCACAGAACUUCUCUUGCAGCAAUGUGCCUCCCUAGAGGAGUUAAAGGCUGCCAACAAGCCUAGUAUGGAUCCACGUGAGUUCUCAAUGCUGCUCUCCUUGGCCCAGAGUAACCCUGCGUUGUUCGGCAUGUUGUCAGAUCAGAGGACAUUGGCCCGGCAGCUGGAGAAGCUUUCUAGGUUAAAGGAACUGUUGGAAAGCACAGAGACAGACCUGAAAACCAAACAGACAGAGGAAUGGACCUCUUGGAUUAAACAGUACAGGCAGCGGCUUGCUCGUGAGUGUGAAGGAGUGUGUGAUGUGAAGGUGGUGCAAGAGAAGAGAGUGCAUGUGAUGGACAGCACCAAUCCUCGUGUAGUGCUUCGAAAUUACAUCGCCCAGAAUGCAAUAGAAGCAGCGGAGAAUGGCGACUUUUCUGAGGUUCAGAGAGUUCUGAAAGUGCUGGAGAAGCCAUUUUGCACACAGGAGGAAUUGGAACAGCCAGGCUGGAUGGAAAGACAAAGAUCAGAGGAGGCACGAGAGAGCAAUGAAGAAGAGCGGCAGAGAGAGGCUGAGGAGGAUUAUGCAGGAGCAGAGAACAGAGUGAUUGUGUCUUAUGACAGCAAGCCCCCAGCCUGGGCUGCUAAACUCUCUGUCACCUGAUCAUCCUAAAGCCUUCAGGACUAGUAGGCCAGAGGUUCUCCUCUCUGGUCAUCUGUCUAUGAAGGCUAUUUGAGGUACUAAAAUCCUGUCAACCAGUUUAACAAUAUACAAAAAAAAUAAUGGCCGAUAUUAAAAACGUAUAUCGGCCAAAAAAAAAAGAUUUUAUUAUAAAUGACAGGUUUAAAUGAUGACUUUGACCACUAGUCUGAAAGACAGGUCUUAGUCUGAAAGACAGAGGUUUUAGUACCAUGUGAAGAAUAGAGUGUAUUAUAGAGUGUUAAAGAAAGACAGCGAGUGUAUGUUUUUUCAUAUUUGUGUGAGCAAACAAUUAUCUUAAAGCACUCUGGGAGCUGUAUAUAAACUCCAAAAUGUAAGCGCACAAUUCUGUAAUAUUUGUAGUCUGUAAACACAUGUCUGUAAUAUCAAUAUGCAAUCACUUUAUUAAUGAUUAAUAAUAUGCAAAUGAUCUUUAUGCUGGAAUAAAAGGUUUAUGGUUACUUUA